AUGACUACCACCAGUAACGAUGUGUUAAAGAUUCAAUUGCGCUCAGCAAACGCCACUGUUCCCACUAAGGGUUCUGUCACUGCUGCGGGAUAUGAUAUCUACGCCUCCGAGGAUGUUACCAUCCCAGCCAUGGGCCAAGGUAUGGUUUCCACCGAUAUUUCAUUUACUGUACCGGUCGGUACCUACGGUCGUAUUGCGCCAAGAUCAGGUCUGGCAGUUAAAAACGGUAUUCAAACCGGUGCUGGUGUUGUCGACAGAGACUACACCGGAGAGGUUAAGGUUAUCUUAUUCAACCAUUCGCAGAAGGAUUUCGCGAUCACGAAAGGAGACCGCGUAGCGCAAUUGAUUCUCGAAAAGAUUAUUGACAACGCUCAGAUCGUUGUCGUGGACUCGCUAGAAGAAAGUGCAAGAGGAGCUGGUGGCUUUGGCAGCACUGGUCACUGA